CCACACUUUUCUGUGGUAGGAUCUCACUAGUUCAGUAGGCUCACACACGGCACUUCGCUUCCACAGGAAGGUGGCUUUUUAGCCACAGAAACCAGAAGAUAAGGAAUGAACUGUGUUCGAAGCAUCAAAGGUUAUGCUACGGAGAGGCUCAGAGACUCUACAAGUGAAUGAGAACUUCGUUCUAUGGAACUGAGGUGAAGAACUUCAACCAUGGGUCAACAAAUUUCAAACCACACACAAACUGUAAUUAACAAGUUGCCAGAAAAAGUAGCAAAGCAUGCCUCUUUGGUUCAAGAAAGUGGUUUCCUAACCUAUGAAGAGUUUCUGGGAAGAGUAGCUGAACUUAAUGAUGUUACUGCAAAAUUGGCUUCUGGACAAGACAAACAUCUGUUAUUUGAAGUGCAACCUGGUUCUGAUUCAUCUGCUUUCUGGAAGGUAGUCGUUCGGAUAAUAUGCACUAAAAUAAAUAAAACAAGUGGCGUUGUGGAAGCUUCCAGAAUCCUGAACUUGUAUCAGUUCAUUCAACUUUAUAAAGAUAUCACCAGUCAAGCAGCAGGAGUUCUUGCACAGAGUGGUACUUCUGAAGAAGCUGCUGAGAGUUUGAUGUCUGUGUCAUCUUGUCAGGCCAGCUUGUGGAUGGGAAGGGUAAAACAGUUGACAGAUGAAGAGGAAUGUUGCAUCUGCAUGGAUGGGCGUGCUGAUUUAAUCUUGCCAUGUGCUCACAGCUUCUGCCAGAAAUGCAUCGAUAAAUGGAGUGAUCGUCACAGAAGCUGUCCUGUUUGCCGUCGGCAGGUGACUGGAGCAAGUGAUUCUUGGGUGGUUUCAGAUGCGCCUACUGAAGAUGAUAUCGCUACUUACAUACUUAACAUGGUAGAUGAGGUUGGCCAGCCUCACAGACCCUGACACUGGCCACGAGCUGAUAAUAGUACUUGAAGUACUUGAAGCUUUCAUUUUCACAAAUACCUGUUUUCGCCUCUCAUUGCUGUUCUUCCAGAGUCUGUCUUCUGCUUCACUUCUUGGCUGCUGUUGCAUCUAUGCUGUUCUUUUAAAGCACAGGGUAUAUGAGCCAGUGUAUGUUUGGGCAGUCUUAAUUAUUAAUCUGUACUUUCAGUAAAUUCUUUGGUCAUUAACAGAGCUUCUUUUAACAACAACUUUUGAUAUUAACAGUUUGACUACUAGAUGAAGCAGUUUAUAACAGCACAACCACAGUUGCUAACUGCUGUUUCAACAUCACAGAAGAUGAACCAUGUCAGGUGGCUUGACCUCACAGUUCUUAUCCUUAAAAGCACUAAAGCACUCACUUUUAGUUUCAUGAAAAACGUCAGUAAAGAUGAUGAGUUAGCACUAGUGAUUAUUAAUUUGAAAUUUUACUUCUGAAACUUGAAGAUGUCCCACUGCCUGUUCUUCAGUAGCCAGUUGUUGCUGCUUUUAGAGUUUACAAAUACUGAUUUCAAUCUAAUAUGUUAGGAUUUGUAGUAGUAUUUUAAAUCUGCUCUGAAGAGUGUAGGCAGCUCCGUAAAUGUACUUGUGCAUUUCUGUUUAUUCUUUUGACAAGAUUAUCUCCUAGAAUAUUUUUUUUUAAAUUAUAUUUAGCAUAAUAUUAUUAGCUUGGAAACACUAAACAGUUUCAUACACAAUCCUGGAAAAAGUAAAUCGGUUUCUGUAUAGUUUUUGAUAAAGAACAGCCCAAAUUAGUUUUAAACAUUAGGCAUAUCUAUAAAGAAUGCCAUCAUUUGAAUUAGCGGUUAAGGUGUAGUUUAGUCGGAUGCUUUGGUUUUAUCUGCUUCUUUUUGAGUUUUUGAAGUGAUGAAAUCAGUUAUAAGGUGAUCUAAGUAAGGGUGCUGUGCUUUAUAUUUGUAAGUGCAAUAUGCUUUUAUGUAGCAGAGAAACUUCUUAUGUUGCUUGCAGUGAGAUGUGCGUGUGACAGUUUGGGAAAAGGGAUACCACAACUGGAGUGCAACAGUAUUUCUGUCUAGCAGAACAAAAUCUUUAAAGUGCUAAGUUUAGACAGUCUAAAAUAAAUUGUUAGUAUUCAGGAAACCCAUCUGCAGCCUUAUUGGCAUAAAUAGUGCUAUGAAAAUCAACUGCUAUUGUAGAGAACUAAUUUUUUUUAAUUAUUAUUAUGUAUGCAUAUAUUAACAAAUACUACUCUCUUGAGGCUAUUGAGUGAGAAAUACCCAAGUUUAGCAUUUGAGGGAAUAUCAGCAUAAAUUUUGCUUACUGUAAGACUGCAUUUUUAAUUACCACACUUGUUAAAAUUUGAUGAUGCCAUAAGGCUGGGGCCUUUUGUCACAGACAAGUUCUGAACUAAAAGGCAUGUGCACAUGUGGAUAUGCACAUUUGGGUUGUGUUUUCAUAGUUGGCUACAAAAUAAUUUAAUUAACAUUGGGGGCAAGAUCUUGGUAAUUUGUCUAUUAUACGUCUUUUUGUUAAGGAAAUGUGUGUAGCAUAUGGUACCCAUUUGAGCUUGGCUUAUGGCACAGUUGUCAAAUCGAUCAUAGACAUUAAGACAGAUAAGCAACAGACUCUUGUAUGUAUCAUCUAAAGCCAAUAUGGCUUAGUGUGUAAAUCUGUAUUAUUGAAAAAAAUCUGUUUAUGGAUGUAUAUAGCUUAGAACUAAUUUUUUUCCCUUUGUUAAUCCUUUGGUAUUAUGAGGUGUUCUUAAGAAAAUAUGUGGACUGGUUGGUUGCGUAUAGGCAACAACUAAAAAUUGUUAAUGGUCAGGGAUUUUCCACUAAAAUAUUUGCAAGUAUUCCUAAUCACAUACUAGUUUGAUUUCUGUUUGCUUUUUGAGCUUGCAUUAGUCCAUGUUCAGAACUUGAACCUUUGAAUUUUUUAAACUUUUUAUAUCACUGGAACGGAAAGAACAUCUAAAUUAAAGCUUCAAGCUAACUUUAUUUUUCAAGUAAUUCAAGAAUUAUACUUCUGAACUGAGAUUUUAUAAGUUGACUUUCUGCUGAGAACUGACAUGAACUUUUUAAAAUGUAAUUUUGUAAUGAUGCAAACAGAUUGUUAAUUGCAGCAUGGUAACCUUGCAAUUACAAUAUACUCUAGUGCAAAAAUUAUUUAAAUAGUGAAAAAGUAAACUUUGUAUUCUGUACAGCUUUUUUUUAAUUAAGUUGCUGUAAUUCACACUACUGUGAUACAGGUACUGUAAUGUGUGCCUUGUAAAAUAUAUGUACUGUAUGUAACAUGGGAUAGUAGGUCUGUUAACACUGAAAAACUAGUAAUUUGGUACUGGUUGCUGUUGCCUAGUCUGAAGUGCUACAUUUAGCAAACGGUUUUGGAAAUGGUAAAGGAAUGAUACUGGCCCAGACAUGGCAAUGGGCUCCAGAAAAUAGUCCUUGAAAUGUUAAUUACUAUGAAUAGCUGUUAGUGGGGGCAUUAGAACAAACUAAACUUUCUUGUGUUAAGUGAUGAUUUCUUACCAUUGUAAUGUGAAAUUGUAAACAUUUUAGAUUGUAUUAAUAGCUAGGAACAUUCCAGUAUAUUAAACUUUGUGUAUGAAUGGUGCAAGUUA